GACUCGCAUUUCCCCGCCCUCCAGUCGCCUAGUGCCAAAACAAAAAGGAAUGCAGGAUGGGGCUUUUUCCCCGAUAGUGAAGCAGGCAGCGAGGGGCGAUUGAUGCGUGGGGCUUUCUCUUGUUUAUUGCCCUCCGCUCGCCUCCCCUCGCUCCUUCCCUCCGUAUGAGUGAGUGGGAGAGGGAGAAAAGACGAGCGAUAGGACUCGGGGGAUAUCUCCCCCUUUUUUCGCUUCUUCAAUCAGCUUGUCCUAUUCCUCAGAGCAGGGAUAGCGGAGGCUUCAGCCGCGUUCGAGAGAAUCCGCUCCAGUCCCAACUCUUCGGGUUUAUCAAUGCAAGGGAUGUUUGCCGGACGCACGGAGAACCCGCUCUUCUGCUGCGAUUGCCGCGGGAAGGGCAUAUGAACUCCCUCAAAGAAUGACUAGGAUUGCUACGUUUGCCAUUCUCUUGCAGCUGUUGCAAAGAAGUCGGGGACAAGUCUUUGCAGGUGGUUGUUCGUUUGAUGAACAUUACAGUAACUGUGGUUAUAGUGUGGCACUAGGGACAAAUGGAUUUACUUGGGAGCAGAUUAAUACCUGGGAGAAACCAACAAUGGAUCCAGCUGUCCCAACUGGCUCCUUCAUGAUGGUGAAUAGUUCUGGGAGGGCCUCUGGGCAAAAGGCCCACUUGCUUUUACCAACACUGAAGGAAAAUGACACUCACUGCAUUGAUUUCCAUUACUACUUGUCCAGCCGUGACCGUUCCAGCCCUGGAUCCUUGAAUGUUUAUGUGAAAGUGAAUGGUGGACCUCAAGGCAACCCCAUCUGGAAUGUCACUGGGCUUGUUACAGAAGGUUGGGUGAAAGCAGAGCUUGCGAUCAGUACUUUCUGGCCACACUUUUAUCAGGUCAUAUUUGAAUCGGUUUCCCUGAAGAGUCACCCUGGGUACAUAGCGGUGGAUGAAGUCAGAGUCCUUGCUCAUCCAUGCAGAAAAGCUCCUCACUUCCUGAGGCUGCAAAAUGUGGAGGUUAAUGUUGGGCAGAAUGCAACAUUCCAGUGCAUUGCAGGAGGAAAGUGGUCUCAGCAUGACAAAUUGUGGCUACAGCAGUGGAAUGGAAGAGACACAGCAUUAAUGGUUACCAGAGUUGUCAACCAUAGGCGUUUUUCUGCUACUGUCAGUGUAGCUGAUACAUCCCAACGCAGUAUCAGUAAAUAUCGCUGUGUAAUCCGUUCUGAUGGUGGAUCGGGAGUUUCAAACUACGCAGAAUUAAUAGUGAAAGAACCACCCACUCCUAUUGCUCCUCCAGAACUUCUAGCAGUUGGAGCCACGUACCUAUGGAUCAAACCAAAUGCCAACUCCAUCAUUGGUGAUGGGCCCAUCAUCCUGAAAGAGGUAGAAUACCGUACAACCAAUGGGAACUGGGCCGAAACCCACAUUGUGGAUUCUCCCAAUUACAAGUUAUGGCAUCUUGACCCUGAUGUGGAAUAUGAGAUCAGAGUGCUUCUUACCCGUCCUGGAGAAGGGGGAACUGGACCCCCUGGGCCUCCCCUCACAACAAGGACAAAAUGUGCUGAUCCAGUCCAUGGUCCUCAGAAUGUAGAGGUUGUAGACAUCCGAUCACGUCAGUUGACUUUGCAGUGGGAGCCUUUUGGUUAUGUUGUGACUCGUUGCCACAGCUAUAACUUGACGGUUCAUUACCAGUAUAUAUUCAACCAGCAGAAAUAUGAAGCAGAGGAACUAAUUCAAACAUCGUCACAUUACACGUUGCGAGGAUUACGACCCUUCAUGACCAUCCGAUUGAGGUUGGUGCUUUCAAAUCCAGAGGGCAAGAUGGAGAGUGAGGAAUUGGUGGUGCAAACAGAAGAGGACGUUCCUGGAACUGUUCCCCUUGAAUCUAUUCAGGGAGGACCCUUUGAGGAGAAGAUCUAUGUUCAGUGGAAGCCACCAAAUGAAACCAAUGGAAUAAUUACCCUCUAUGAGAUUACCUACAAGGCUGUUGGAUCUCUAGAUCCUACUGCUGACUUGUUGAACCAGAGAGGAAAAGUCUUCAAACUAAGGAAUGAAACCCACCACUUGUUUGUAGGAUUAUAUCCAGGAACUACCUAUUCAUUCACCAUUAAAGCCAGCACAGUAAAGGGUUUUGGACCUCCCAUCACCACACGGAUUGCAACUAAAAUUUCAGCACCAUCAAUGCCAGAAUAUGAUACGGAUAGCCCUCUGAAUGAAACUGAGACCACCAUUACGGUCAUGCUGAAGCCUGCACAGUCUCGUGGUGCGCCAGUCAGUGUCUACCAGCUUGUUGUAAAAGAAGAACGGCCACAGAAAUCACGAAGAGCUGCAGACAUCAUUGAAUGUUUCUCUGUUCCAGUGAGCUACAAAAAUGCUUCGAAUCUUGACUCCCCCCAUUACUUUGCAGCUGAGCUGAAACCAGUCAAUCUUCCAGUUACACAGCCUUUCACAGUAGGAGACAACAAAACCUAUAAUGGCUAUUGGAAUGCUCCACUUUCACCAUUGAAAAGCUACAGUAUUUAUUUUCAGGCACUUAGUAAAGCAAAUGGGGAAACCAAAAUAAAUUGUGUCCGGCUAGCCACCAAAGCAGUAAUAGGUAGGCAACAGGUGACCACCCGAAACCCACCCAGCCUCAUGAGCACAGGAGCUUCUACACAGAAUUCUAAUGUGGUGGAACCAGAAAAACAGGUUGAUAAUACGGUGAAAAUGGCUGGAGUUAUAGCUGGUCUUCUGAUGUUUGUAAUUAUCCUUUUGGGAGCGAUGCUUACAAUCAAAAGAAGGAGCGGUGCAGUAGAUCCAAGAAGAAAUGCAUAUUCCUACUCCUAUUACUUGAAACUAGCCAAGAAACAAAAAGAGACUCAAAGCAGCAGUCAACGAGAAAUGGGGCCUGUUGCUGCUUCAGACAAGACUGCUACAAAAAGUGCUGCUCACAAUGAAGACACUUUCACUUCAGGCUGUCAAGAUGUUAAUGGAUUCAACAAUAGCCAUGGGGAGAUGACUCAACCGACCCUGACAAUCCAGACCCAUCCCUAUCGAAGCUGUGACCCAGUGGAAAUGUCCUAUCCCAGGGGACAGUUCCAGCCAGCAAUCCGAGUGGCCGACUUGUUGCAACACAUCACUCAGAUGAAACGGGGACAGGGCUAUGGAUUUAAAGAGGAGUAUGAGGCUCUACCUGAAGGGCAGACAGCAUCUUGGGACACCGCCAAAGAAGAUGAAAACCGCAAUAAGAAUAGAUAUGGCAACAUCAUCUCCUAUGAUCACUCCAGGGUGAGACUGCAGUUACUAGAUGGAGAUCCUCAUUCAGAUUACAUUAAUGCAAAUUAUAUUGAUGGAUACCAUCGACCUCACCAUUACAUUGCAACUCAAGGGCCAAUGCAAGAGACAGUGAAAGAUUUUUGGAGGAUGAUUUGGCAGGAGAAUUCAGCAAGUGUUGUCAUGGUCACCAACCUGGUAGAAGUUGGCAGGGUGAAGUGUGUCAGAUACUGGCCUGAUGACACAGAAGUCUACGGAGAUAUCAAAGUGACCUUAAUUGAGACAGAACCAUUGGCAGAAUAUGUCAUACGUACUUUUACAGUCCAAAAAAAAGGCUACCAUGAGAUUCGAGAAAUUCGUCAAUUCCACUUCACUAGCUGGCCAGACCAUGGGGUUCCUUGUUAUGCUACAGGUCUCUUGGGCUUUGUUCGACAAGUGAAGUUUCUCAAUCCACCAGAUGCAGGACCUAUUGUUGUGCACUGCAGCGCUGGUGCUGGGAGGACAGGGUGCUUUGUUGCCAUAGACAUCAUGCUUGACAUGGCAGAAAACGAAGGCGUGGUGGAUAUAUUUAAUUGUGUGAGAGAGUUGCGAUCUCAGAGAGUUAACCUGGUGCAGACAGAGGAACAGUAUGUGUUUGUUCAUGAUGCCAUACUGGAAGCGUGCCUUUGUGGCAACACUGCCAUUCCUGUUUGUGAGUUCAGAUCUAUAUACUACAACAUCAGCAGAUUGGAUCCACAGACAAAUUCCAGCCAGAUAAAAGAUGAAUUCCAGACCCUUAAUAUUGUUACUCCUCGAGUACGUCCAGAAGAUUGCAGCAUUGGACUUUUGCCAAGGAAUCAUGAUAAGAAUCGCUGCAUGGAUGUACUUCCUUUGGAUCGGUGCCUCCCUUUUCUUAUUUCCGUUGAUGGAGAAUCAAGCAACUAUAUUAAUGCUGCACUCAUGGAUAGUCACAAGCAACCUGCUGCCUUUAUAGUUACUCAGCAUCCAUUGCCCAACACUGGAGCUGAUUUCUGGAGGCUAGUGUUUGAUUACAACUGUUCUUCUGUUGUGAUGCUGAAUGAAAUGGAUGCUGCUCAGCUUUGUAUGCAGUACUGGCCAGAGAAGACAUCUUGCUGUUAUGGGCCAAUCCAAGUGGAAUUUGUUUCUGCUGACAUAGAUGAGGAUAUUAUUAAUCGGAUAUUUCGGAUCUGCAACAUGGCAAGGCCGCAAGAUGGGUACCGUAUUGUUCAACACUUGCAGUAUAUUGGCUGGCCAGCAUAUAGAGACACUCCUCCUUCUAAGCGCUCUCUCCUGAAAGUGGUCAGGCGGUUGGAAAAGUGGCAGGAGCAAUAUGAUGGGCGAGAUGGACGGACUGUGGUUCAUUGCCUGAAUGGCGGUGGCCGCAGUGGCACCUUCUGUGCUAUAUGUAGUGUGUGUGAAAUGAUCCAGCAGCAAAAUAUCAUUGAUGUAUUUCACAUAGUGAAAACCUUACGGAACAACAAGUCUAACAUGGUGGAGACAUUGGAACAAUAUAAAUUUGUAUAUGAGGUUGCAUUGGAAUACUUAAGUUCAUUUUAGCUCAUCAGGGCAGGGAGCUAAAGGAUGCCUAAAGCUUUGGUGUUUGAAGGACAUUGGUUCACCACUUUACUUCAAAGGAGUAAUGGGCUAAAGCAUAUAUAGCUCUUCAUCCUUGAAUGAGAAACCAGGUCAGAGCUGACUGCCGGAGGAGGAAUCUGCUGCCAUCUGUUUUUAGAACAUUCUUGCCUUUUAAGCAACUCACUAUGGCAAAGCAAGAGGCAGGGUGGAAUAUUCUGCUUUCUAAUCCCUUCUGACUGCUUCUCCCUAUCAUUUUGGAUGUGUCUUUUUUUCCUCCCUUGAUGCAAACAGGAAUGUGUGUGUGUGUGUUUGUGUGUGUGUGUGUGUGUGUGUGUGUGUGUGUACAAAAUAUCAGCUCCACUUUCUGUGUUUCAACAAAUCCUCACUUUUUUAUUUCCUAUAUAAGUCAGUUUGCUUUAAAGGGAAGCUUCAUUAAACACAUGUUUGGCUUUCAGCAGAGCCAGCCUUUGUGUUAAGUUUUUCAGAUGAAAAAGCCACCACCAUAAAUGUGUGAUUUUUCUGUCAGCUCUUAUUGUCUUAAAAGCAGGCUAUGGAAUGAAGAAGCUGCCAGUUAAUUUUCUGCCUUGAUUAAUACACAAUGCUACUAGAUUUUGAAUGUUCUGCAUGGAUUGGUUAAAUCUUAAUGGUUCCUAUCAGCUGCAGUGCUGGUGAAGCAACUCUGUAAAAUUGCAUCUCCCAGCAAAGUACAUUGAGGUCACCCUGAAAUUAUCUUCAUGUUUCAAAUUAUCAUUCCUUUGCUUGGUAAUGAAGUUAAUUUUGUUUUAUCAUAAGUAUUUGGUUGUGUGCUGUGUAUAUUUACAAAAGGGGGAAAUUGAAUGAUGGGCUUAAAAUAUGUACCUUGGGGAUUAUUCUACCACCUACACCACAAGUGUCAAACUCGCGGUGUCACAUUGUCAUGUGAUGUUUCGCAAGGUUUUUCCCUUUACAGAGUUGGGGUGGGCGUGACCUGCAUGUGACACAUCUGGCCAGUUUGAAACCCCUGACCUAUACAGUCAAAAUCUGCUAUAUGGAAUAGUACAGUUGAUGGAUUUGUUACAUACCCCAUUAACUGAUGUGGUAGAAAGCAGUGUUCUAAAAUAUCCUGAUCACAUAGGUGAUUGCAACACACUUUCUGAUAAAGGGCAUUUAUAUGUAAGAUGUUAACAUAUAUGAGUUUACAAGUUAGGCUUGCCAAUCAUAUUACCCAAACAAGGGACAUAAUGACAGGCCUUCAAAUUUCAUUGUCAGAUGAAAGAAGAGAUAUGAAUAAUUUUCAUUAAUCCAUGUGUUAGCCAUGUGUGUGUCUUUUCUGUAAAAGGUACUGUUAUUUAUGGUACAUGAUAAACUCACUCUCUUGCCUCAUAAUAACUACUGCAGCAACAAUCAAUUUAAAAAAAAAUAAUUUUGUAAAAGACACUAGCCAACAAUUUUAUGCCCUCAUUUUCAAAAUCACAAGUUUUUGUCUCUAACUGGGAAGAUUUUGAGAAAGGGGAUUAAAGUUUUGGGAAAGGGAAUCAAAGUUUUCUAUUAAAUCUUAAGAAAUAUUUUUUUGGAAAUGAAGACAAAACCACUGGUAUUCUUUGCCUCAAGUCAACAACUGUACGUUGAAAUGGUAGAACUAUGUAGAAGUUGAAUAAUAUAAAGUCACCAGAUUUUGUUUUAUUAUGAAACUGUCACUUGUUGAAAUGAUGUAGCAGUUAUACUUUGGUAUUUUAAAACAUUUAGCUAUCCUUAAUUUAACGAUUUUGCUUAAAAGAAAAAAGAGCCUCAAGCAUAGAAUUAAUGCAACCAUACACUUCUCUCAGAUAAGAAGUCUGCAAAGAAAGUGAAGGUUUAAACUUGACAUGUGACAAGUAAAAUUAGCUCAUAAUACUAUUUUUAACUGUUACAUCUCUCAGAAAGUUUCUUAAAUAUAUGUUCAUGCCAUCCCCAAUUUGGGGAACCAACUACAUAUUAUAUUGUAUACAUAAUAUAUAUUGAUUCUUGUGCCUUUAGACUAAUGCAAAAGAACAAACAGCUAAACUCUACCCCCAAAAAGGGAAUUUAACACUUCAAUCACCACCAUAUAUUUCAUUCCUUAGAAAUACAUAUUUUUAGAGCACUUAUCUGCAGAAAUAGAAAUAUAUUUCUCACUGACAUCUGUAUUACACUUAUUCAUUAAACUGAUGCUGUUACAAGGCUACUCACACAUUUUUUAAUGUCAUAUGGGUGCACAUAGCUGAUCUUGUGUGAUUCUGAAAGAUUAGACAAGGUCAAAUCUGGCUAGUAUCUAUGUGAGUCUAUAAAGUAGUUUUAGGGCUAUAAUCUAGAAUUUAGGGCUAUAAUCUAGAAAAAAGUAUCCUGCAAGCACACAUUGACAAACCACUUUCACCAAAGUCGCCAAAGUUUGAGGCCAAUUGAAAGCAAUAUUAUUAUUUUUUACAUUAAUAGGCAGACUAUAAUUGAUUGGGGUAGGUAGCCUCUUAGUCUCAUUCUUCAUUUGAAAGUGGAGAAAUGCAUUUGAUUAUAUGUACCUGGAAGUAGGGAAAUAAGAGAAAGAUCCAUUUCAAAUGGGGCAGAUUAAGCAUCUCAGAUAAAGAAGGCAGAACAAUCAGAGGGCUACCUCUUGGUGCAACAAGGCAAAAUAAGGCAAAAGCAAAUAGAAGUUAAAAUUUGACAUAAAAACAGUGGAGGGGGAGGAUUCAACCAUGAAAGAAAAAGCUUGGAAAUGACCCACUAAAUCUUUGUUGAAAAACAGCUAAUAAUUAUGGGAUAGAAGAGUGUUUGAUCAGUUAUAGUUAGUUAGUUAGUGGCAUUGCAAAGAGAUUAGAAAACAUUCUGUUGGGAUGCCUACAUGGAUAUUUUUCUACCACUAUGUACUUUUUAAAAAAUGAAAAUAACGAUAAUAGGAAAAUUGUAGGUGAAGUAAUGAAGGAGGAAAUAGAGGUGUAGAGCAAAGAGGGAAAGAAAAAAAGCAUUGACUUUCAACCAGUGGUGGGUUUCAAAUCCCAUUCCAACUGGUACAGUUGGAAUGGGGCUGGCGGCGAUCUCAUAGAUGCACGCAGCAUGCACAUGCAUCUCAGCGCCUCUGCAACGCUCCAACUGCUCCACGGAGCAUCGCAUAGGCACUGUACAUGCCAUGCACCUGUGCGGAAGUGCAGAAGCUUUAAACACUGGUAAGGAGCUCAGGCAGGCGGGUGGGCCCUCCGGUCACCGUACCGGAACAGUAUCCGUUGCCCCAGGCUGGCUCCGGUACGCCCGUACCUGGGCGUACCGCCUACAACCCACCACUGCUUUCAACUUUGUUUAGCACAAUAAAGUACAAAAUAGAAUUACAACUUUUUACUUUAUGAACUUAGCAAGUACUAACCAUUUUUAUAAUAACAAACUAGGUCAAUUAGCAAAACGAAGUCAAAAGGUUUUUUUUUUCCUGUCUCAAGAACAAAGUCCAGAAGCAAACAAAAUGGAAUAUAUUAUUUUCUCUAAUUAAAACACUCACUUUUGUCAUCUCUGAUAGCUUCAUCACUUUUUGGGGUCUCUGUAUGUUUUUAUAGGAUUCUAGGGUACACAAGGAUGCACAUAAAUUGUGUUUAAUCCUCAUUCUGCUCUGCAUUAUCUAUUGAAAAACAUUGCCUCAAAGCUAUUCUUGUUCCCAAUAUAUGCAUAUGUGUAUGUAUAAGUGUUUGUGUGCAUAUAUUAUACAUAUAAACAUAAACACAUAUAUAACAAAAAUUGACAUCUGGAAAUGGGAUUUGAAAUAUUUUCCAUGUGUUUUGGGUUUCUUGUGGCUACUAUGUGUAAACAUUUAAAGUUCCCAUUUUGACCCUAAAUCUUGUUAUGUUAAGAAAAAAAUUCAAAUAUCUAACAAAAGUGUUGUAUUUUAUUUGACUUAUUUUCUUUGGGGCAGUAAGAAGGUUGCCUUUCCUUUAAGAUAUUUCUGCUGAUGUGAUUCUCUCUUCUAGUUUCAUUAAUAACUGGCAAUCAGAUAUUACAUGCAUUGAUUUUUUACAUUUGAAAGUCAUUGUUAAUUUCCACUUUGAAAAAUAAAAGGGCAAAGCAGCAGUAGCUACAAAACAUUAUAAUUUAAUUGGCACCUUUAAUUAAUAAUCUUUUUUGCUCCCUAGACAUAUUUUUUGCAAGUUCACCAGCAGGAUAGAAUUAUUAAAACACGAUAAAAGAAUUUCUGCUCUAAAUGUGCAAAUAAAUAAGCAACAAGUAGCUAUAAAAGUGGUGGUAUCUGAAGUGAAAUGCUUCAGUGACAAAGGGUACUUAACUUCAAGCAAGGCUGUUACUUGUGUGUGGCAGUAUUUUCAAUUCAGAUAAUCUUGAUAACCAUUGGGGUGUUUCUUGGAACUUUGACACCUUCAUUGCUACUUUAACAGAAUAAUAGAAUAAUAGAGUUGGAAAAGACAUUGGAGGUCUUCUAGUCCAACCCCCUUCUCAAGCAGGAAAUCCUACACCAUUUCAGUCAAAUGAUUGUCCAAUCAAUUCUGAAAAAUCUCUAGUGCACCUACAACUUCUGGAGGCAAGCUGUUCUACUGAUUAAUUCUUCCCCAAUUGUCAGGAAAUUUCUCUU